UUUAUAAUUUCCACAUGAAGUCUUGGCUUGUCUCAUCUUUUCUUCUCCCUCCAACCCUACCAUGCGACUCCAGCUCGGAGAGAGCAAGAAAAGUUGUUGAUCAGCCACCCCUAAUUAUCUAAACACACACAUCUCUCACUCCGCCGCCGUCGGCCGCUGCCAAAGCCACCGCGACAAACGCUCUCGAACAACCGCGUGAGCUAGGGUUUCCCGACAGGCGGCCAAGAUGAACGACCUCUUCUCAAGUUCUUUCAAAAAUGCCCAAGGUGACGACCUCGAGGCGGGUGGCAACGACAACCGCACCGAGGGCGUCAACCUCGAUAAAUUCUUCGAUGACGUCGAGAAUGUCAAGAAGGACAUGGCCGACGUCGAGAAGCUCUACAAGCGGCUACAGGAGUCCAACGAGGAGAGCAAGACGGUCCACAACGCCAAGACCAUGAAGGAGCUGAGGGCCCGCAUGGACGGUGACGUGGCGCAGGUCUUAAAGCGGGUCAAACUCAUUAAAGGCAAGCUGGAGGCGUUGGAAAAGUCCAACGCCACCAACAGGCGGGUCCCUGGGUGUGGGCCAGGGUCUUCAGCUGACCGGACGCGGACCUCAGUGGUCAGCGGCCUGGGUAAAAAGCUGAAGACCAUGAUGGACGACUUCCAGGGCCUCCGGGCCCGCAUGAACGAGGAGUACAAGGAGACCGUCGGGCGGCGGUACUUCACCGUCACCGGCCAGAAGGCCGACGACGAGCUUAUCGAGAACCUAAUCUCGAGCGGCGAGAGCGAAUCGUUCAUGCAAAAGGCGAUCCAGGAGCAGGGCCGGGGCCAGAUAAUGGACGCGAUCUCCGAGAUCCAGGAGCGGCACGACGCCGUGAAGGAGAUCGAGAAGAACCUAAUUGAGCUGCACCAGAUAUUCCUCGACAUGGCGGCGCUGGUGGAGGCGCAGGGGCAGCAGCUCAACGACAUCGAGAGCCACGUGGCGCACGCGAGCUCGUUCGUGCGGCGGGGGACGGAGCAGCUGCAGGACGCGCGUGAGUACCAAAAGGAGUCCCGCAAGUGGUAUUACUACGCCGUUUUGCUCGUAAUAAUCCUCAUAUUUUUCGUGACCUUCCCGCUCUGGUCUAAUCUUCUCAUGGCGAAAUUGAUAUAGAAAUUAAUUGUGAUUUUUGUGUGUAAUUCAAUUAAUUAAUCGUGUAAGAUAUAUUCAUAUAGGUAUGUGUAGCUUCAAAAUGAUCGAAUUUUGGCAUUGCAUAUUGUAGCUUUUUCCGAAAUGGAAAAUUUUGUUGUUUAGGAAUUAAGUUGUUGGAUAUGGAUUUUGUAACCUCCGUUGAGAAUGAAUGAAUCUACAUUCUGUUGCUGGAUUCCAA